ACGGCGCCAUUUCCUGAAAAGUUGUUGUAGUAUUGUACUGCUAAACUGCUAUUUGAGAGACUGAUAUUUUUGAAUGAAAAAAGCCCGUCCGUAGAUCAGAUGUCAACAAAGUGUUUUGUCUUCAGCUGACUGCCAUUUGGGACCAUGGAACAAAGUUGAUGAUUCUGCACAAUGUUUCUGGGGAAAUUACUAGUUUAAUUUUUUUUAUUAACUGUAGGUUUAUAGGCAUUCUUUCUUUUAGUUGAUAGCUUCACACAAGUUUAGAAUGCUCAAGAGAACUUUUGUGCUGGGCCUUGUGCUCUUGGCUAGCACCCCAGGAAUUGCUUUUUCUGCUGGAAUAUCUGCUGGUUUUGCUGCCUUGGGCUCUUUGGCCUAUACCAGCUUCGAUGCACUGAGAUGCAAAAUAUUUGUGUGCUGCAAUGAUGUUUGGAUUCCUAGCAACAUAGAAGGCCUGUCUCGUGAGCUGGCUGAAAAGUUACAUGGUCAACACCUGGUUCAAAGAACUGUGAUUGGUCACGUCAAAGGACACAUGCGGACUAGCAACCCACCCAAGGCUCUUGUCCUGUCUUUCCAUGGUCUCACUGGAGUGGGAAAGAAUUUUGUGAGUCGCAUCAUCGCAGAGAACAUUUACAAAGGUGGUCUGCGCAGCCCUUUCGUGCAUCUCAUCUCGGCUACAAAAGAAUUUCCACAUGAAGGAAUGGUUGAAUUUUACAAGGCUCAGCUCAAGUCUUGGAUUGAAGGCAACAUGACAAGAUGUGGUCGGUCCAUGUUCAUAUUUGAUGAAGUGGACAAGCUGCCCCCUCUCUUACUGGAUGUGAUCAAGCCGUACAUGGAUUACUAUGAUGAACUUGGUGGCGUCAACUACCGCAGAGGCAUAUUUUUGUUUUUGAGUAACUCUGGAGGUUCAGCUAUCGCUCAAACCGUGCUGGAUCACUGGCAGUCUGGGAAGAAAAGAGUGAGCCUGGAGUUAUCAGAAGUUGAGGGAAAGGUUACACGUGCAGCCGUUAACUCUGACAGUCAUCAGGGCCUGUGGCACAGCCAACUUAUCAGCAAUCAUCUGAUAACCGCCUUCAUUCCAUUCCUACCCCUUGAAAAGUCGCACGUGAAGAAGUGUAUAACUGACGCUCUCAUCGACCGAAAAUACUUCAAGAAAAGACACACCAUUCCCUCGGAGGUCAUAGACAGCGUGCUUAAAGAGUUGACCUUCACACCUACCACUGAGCAGAUCUUUUCUUCAACUGGUUGCAAAAGGGUCUCUGAAAAGGUCGACUAUGUCAUGAUGGACAGGGAGGUUGUAGGGAAAGAAUCCUGGAAUAUGCCUGGUGGAAGGAAGGAUGAGAUGUAGCUGUUAUGUAAGAGUGUGUUGUGUUCAACUUUUUUGAUGAUCAGAUGUGUUUGUCUUUCUAAGUUACAACAAGCCCACUCAUGUGCUCUCACAUACACAUAUGUGUUCUUUCACACAUAUUCAUAAACACACAUCAACACACUUCCUCACACACAAACACCUGCACACUAUUUACAUACACACACACAUGCACUCACACACACACACACACACACACAUAUUUACACAGGUGCUUGCACUGCCUCACUCAUGCACAAAAAUAAAUGUAACACACACUGACAAAUGCAUACACACACCCUCUCUCAAUGUUACACUCCCUUCUUACAAUGAUCCAGUUCCACGUGACAGAUCUGUGGAACUAUUUAGUUCCCCCUCCACAUUAUAUUCCUCUUUUUCUCAAGACAUUUUUGUGAUGAGAAAAUACUAGUCUCAGCUUUCUGGGGCUACCAAACUAUGUUGAUAAAAAUGUUGCGUGUUAAAGCAGGAAUUUUACUGCCAUUUUAUGUUGAAUUUACACUCCCAUGUUUUAUUACUCUUUGUAUGUUUUUGUUUUUUUCUCAUGUUUCUGUGGUGCUCUUGUGUUGUCUCGUGCUCCCUAAGAACUUUGCUUUCUUUUUCUGUUUUCAUUUGUGUGCUAGCUUUGUAGGAGAAGGUGAAGGUAUAAAACAGAUAUUUGGUGCUGAUCUGUCAAAUCAGAGUGUAAGGUUUAUGACAAUGGUCUUCAUCUUAUAUCUUCUCUCUCUAUCUCCAUUCCUCCCUCCCUCUUUGUGUUUAUCCCUGUCUCUCUUUUUUUUUCUUCUCACUCUCUCUCUCUGGAACAUGUGACUAAUUAUAAUGAAGCUAGUGAGUGUGAGAAAAUUCAGAUGGCUAUAAAUCAAAAUGCGAGAAAAAGUUGCAAAGCUCUACAAUCUGCUGCAUCAUCUUGUGUCUCUUUAGGUGUGGUAUUUUUGCUUUCAGUGCUACCUCCUUCUCUUUUGUCUUGAGACUGGUCGUAGCUGCAAUCUCUUGCCGUCUGUUCCCUUAUUCUAACUGAUCAAUGUUAUUAAAGUCAAGUCUUUAAGGCAGGCAUAUAUAUGUAUGUGUACUGUAUAUCAGGUUUUUUUCUCCUUUGGACUUGAUGAAUACGUUAUUUUUGCGCUUUAUAAGGAAAUUUGCGAAUUGCAUAAAGGAGUGCUACUGCAUUGCAAUAUAUGACAGUGGGUGACUCAACGUUCAUGAAAAUCGGAAUAGGCAAAACAC